GUCAAUCCAACAUGGCGACCAUGAGUGCGUGUUUCGAGGUGUGCUCUCUGCCGAGUUCCACCCGUUUACUGGGAGUAGAGCCCAUGUGUGGCGGGGAAAACAUCAUUGUGACGACCGAGAAAAGUGUGCGAGUGUACAGGGUGAGAGACCAGAAGCUGCUGCACACCUGGUCCAUCAGACAGCAGGGCGGCCAGCUGACCUCACCUGCCCUCUACAACCCGCGCACCGAGGAGUUCAUCGUCCUCAUGAACAAACAGACUAUCUGCUUGUGGACCAAAGACUUGGAACACCUGAGCAAAUGCACCAAAGUUACGGUGAAAAAGCCCAUCUCCCAUCUGAAGCUUCUCCCUGACGCUGACCCCAUCCUUGUGUUUGAUGGCGGCUCCCCCUGGUGGCUGCCGUGCAUUACUGCAGCCCCAGACACCGCUGUGCUGGAUGUGUUGGAUAUUGAGGAGGAGCUGGUCUGGUGUGAUGUCACCGGGAGGGGGGAAGGUGUGCUGGCCGUGUGUGUGUCGAAGGAAGUGAAGACAGACACUCAGAGCUACACUGCCUAUCUGUGUGAGCUGUUGCCAGGUAACCAGGACACGCCUGACUACCAGACCCUGCAGCUGACCCCACCCGACAACACCUCCACCCUGCUGUGCUGCUGCCUGGAGGAACACUUACUGUCUGUCUGGUCCUGUGGGUCUGUCUGCUCUCAUUCCCUGGAUUCCUCCCUUGCUGCUGUUGAAGACGAGGGUGUGGUUGUCCCCGGCAACGUCCUUCACAAGCUUGACCUUCCCAAGGGCGGGGACAGCGGGGUUUCUAUGGUGAUGCUCGGACCUCACCAUGUUGGUUUGGCCAUGGAAGGAAAAGAAACAGUGCAGAUCUGGGACACCAAGUUCUGGACGCUGCAGGCUGACAGGUCACUUCAGGAUGUACCAGGGACAGGUGUGGAAAAGCUGUACAGAUACGGUGACUACAUGAUCGUUGCCAGACAGACAUCGGUAGCUGCUCUCUCCUUCUCCAUCCAGCCCACAUCCCUGGCUGCGGUCAUGGGAAAACAAACUGCAGAGGCUGUUACACUGGUGCCUCAGGACUGGGGAGGGCCAGCAAAGAAGAGAAGACAUCUAUCGACAGAGUCGUCUGCUCUGCUGCAGAAGUUACUGGAUCCUCAACAGACCAGAGACCUCCCCAGCUUUGAGCAGGUUUUCUCCCAGCUGAAGACUGACAGAGAGACACUGAGUUCCCCCGCGGCGGUCUGCCAGCUAACACAGAGGGUCGUCACUGAGGAAAGGUUCUGGGCAAGAAGCACACUAGCAGAACUGGUGGAGACUGGGCUGCUGUCUGGCAGCUCCAGCCCAGGUCUGUUUGAGAGAGUGGAGAAGGAGAAUGACGUGGCACUUUGGCGCUCGUGUCUCCUGCAUGUGAAGGACAUCCCAGAAGCCUCCCUGGUCGCUCGUGUGCAGUAUCUCUUAGGGUUAGACGACUCCCUGCUGGAGCCUGCAUCAGCUGACGUUCCCAUGGAAACAGCGGAACAGGACAUCCCAACAUGCCCUCUGUCAGCUGCCAAAGCUGCCCUUCUAGACCAGGUCCUGUGUCGCUCCUACAGUGGACUCUUUCUACAGGACAGCCUGGCAGAGCUGCAGUUCUCACAGGUCAUGAUGUUCCUGAGAUACCUGCACUACAAGUUGACCUCUGCACCUGCUCCAAGUCAAGGUAACCAAGGAAAGGUCGUGUCAGUGGACCAGGUUGUUGACUGGUUGUGUGCCCUCGUCGACGCCCACUUCACCCAGCUGGUGCUAACCCCGGAAUCGCGGGACGUCCUGCUGGGGUUACACGAGGUCGUGAGACAGCGGCUGCAGUUCUACCAGGGUCUGAACGACCUUGACGCGCUGCUGGCCCAGCUCAAGGACAAGUCACCCCCACUGGUUACUAAGAAACAGGACGAGAGUCUCUACAGUAUAAGGACAAUACAGAUCUUCUGAGGACUUCUUUAACCAUAUCCUCUAUAAAAUUUAAGAUAUCAUUAACCAUCAGCUUGUGAAGAGACUGUCAAGUAGCAUUUCAAUCUAAAUUAUCCCUUUUUUUAAUGUGAUCAUAUUUUUUAAAAAGACAAAAUGUAGAUGUAUCCUGUGUCUAUAUACAGUCAUCU